AUGCGAACCGGUAUUAAUCAUCUGGUUGUAGCCUUGACCUUGAUCAUCAACUGCAGUGCGACAAAAUACUUGCUUGAUGAUUUCCUGCCCACUCCUUCACCAAAUGAUUACUCUGCCAAUGUCCAAAGAUAUCAUGAACAGCAUCCGACUGUUCCCCUUUCAGUUUCUAAAUCCCAAGCAUCUGACUGCGGAAGUGUCGAUGCCUUUUUUCCACCUGUCCAGCCAGCAGAAAACCACCCAAUCAGCGACUUCGUGAAACAGAGGUCAACCCAGAGACAAUCUGAAUUGGACCAGAUGCACUAUGAGUUUGGCCAGAGACAUUCCGGCGCGAACCAGAUGCAACACAAAAUAAAUAGUCAUACCUUCAACCCCCAAACCGCCCCAGAAAUCCCACUAGUGCCGGCGCGAAUGGAGAUGUCAUCCAAAGAAGAAUUACGCAGGAAUCUUAAACGGAUACAUUUCGAUCUCGUAUCAGCUCCCAGUAUGAGUAGUCCAUCCUCCAAGUUUUCUUUGUCUGGGUACACACCUGGUUGUUCUGUGUUCGAGGAUUGGUGGGCUCACCAUGUAACCAGGACAAUCAGAUCGGGAUACCUAGUGCCCUACGUUGUUCCACCCCCCACGUCUACUGAUGAUGGAACGAUUGGUCAAUCCUGCCCUUCGAAUUCGCUUGUUUCCUCAGUAACCUCCAGAAGUAUAAAUCCAGCUAACCAAGGGGCUAUGUUAGAAACUUCUACCACAAUGCCGUCCCUAAAUCCCAUUCCACAACAUAUGGCACCAGCUAAUUUGUUUGCAUCUGGUGGAAAUCCGACUCAAUCUAGAUUUUCAACCCCAGUUUAUCCCUCAUCAACUUGGAGAAGCAAAAAUGUAGUCACCGAUACCGCCAUGUUUAACUCGGAUGAUCCUAGGAUGCCUCCACCCAGCUUCAGGGUUCCUAGAAAAUUCAUGAUCAAUGGGCAGAAAGACAGCGCUAGUGAAGACGGGAUUAUUCAGAAGAAAUCAAAAUCAGAAGUAUUAGAAUUUGAUCGGGCUAUCUUUACUUCUCCUAAAGUAUCAACUCCUGAAAAUCCAUCAUGCCAAAGCAAUAUCCUUGUAAUGCUCGACUUUCUUUCAGGUCUAAAUCACCAGGAAAAGCUGGUUAUGACUGAAGACCAAUUUGUUAAAUACCAUACCAUGGCCUGUCGCACUUCAACAGAAGGUCAACAUGGAAUAGAAGGAUUUGCCGCGGCUGAAGAGAUGCUCACCAAAAACAUGAAUGUUUGUGGGAAAACCUAG